UAAUCAUAUAGUACUUAUUUCAUUUUAUCUUGAGGCAAAUUCAAUAUUCUCAUUUGAAACUAAGAAACAUUGAACGUUUUUCAUAAAAACUUUUAAUUUUUGAGGGCAGAACCUGCAAACAGCCGUGUUCACGAUUUCAAAUUCGUUGCAGACGAAAUGUUUAGGUUCAUUUUCAUUGUUUUGUUUUAGCAAACGUUCCACAUGUCAUCACAGGCACGAAGCAUAGAUAUUGUUGAUAUUCUCGUUGAAUUUCUUGAGGUUUCAAUUCAUCAUCUGCUGUUUCUCAGAAAUCUCUAUCCCCCAUCCAUAUUUGUUCUACGAAAAAUGUAUAAUAUUCCUGUUCAGGUGUCUCAGCACCCUGGACUUAACCAGUACAUCAUAGAGACCUUACGGAGUGCAAAGGCAUUACUACGAAGCAGUCACUUGAAGUGCUUAUCAGUGUGCUUUUAUAGCGACAAUGAAAUUCCUAUUGAACGUUUUGUAUUUGAUAUCUUAAGCAUACAUGAAAAUUUUAGGAUAGAUCAUGACUUUUCUGACACAUACCUUGUGAAACUAAGGGAUGGCUUUCGUGCCUUCUGUUUGAAAGUUGCAGCUAUUGACAUGAAGCCUCUUACUGAAAAUUGUUCUUUCCAAAUUCACCUCCAAACCACUGAGCAAGGUUCUCAGGCACUUGCCAAUGACCCUGCCUUUGAGGGAUUUCCAUGGAUUGAGUUGGAAGCAACUGAAAAGGAGAUACCAGACCCACAGCUAGCACCUUUAAGAACAAUUGAAUCUGACUUUAUAAAAAUUCAGAUGUACAGAGAAAUGACCUCUAGAUAAAUACCAUUCUUCAGUUAUAUAUCUAGAUAAGAUCUAUUAAGAACAUUAUCAUUAAUGUUUGUGUUUGCAAUCAACAUUUUUAUUUAGUGUAAAGUUUA